AUGGCUCCUCAGCUCAAGAUUGCCGCUAUUCAGGCCGAACCGGCAUGGAACGAUCUCGAAGGAGGAGUAACAAAGUCCAUCUCCCUGAUUGAGCAGGCUGCUAAGGAGGGUGCCAAUGUCGUUGGCUUUCCCGAGGUUUUCAUUCCUGGUUAUCCCUGGAGUAUCUGGGCCAAGUCUCCAACAGACAACGCUGCCUUCAUGGACGAGUACUUUAGAAACUCCCUUGAGAAGGAUUCGGAGGAGAUGCGGCGCAUCUGUGCUGCCGUCAAGGAGGCCGGAGUGUUUGUUGUGCUCGGCUACAGCGAGAGAUACAGAGGAACGCUUUACAUUGCUCAAUCCUUUAUUGAUGAGAACGGUGUUAUUGUGCACCAUCGUCGCAAGAUCAAGCCUACCCACGUCGAGCGCGCCUACUGGGGCGACGGUCAGGGAGAGUCUCUCCAGAGCGUGGUACCUAGCACAACCUUCCCCAGCGUGAAGGUCGGCGGUCUCAACUGCUGGGAGCACACCCAGACGCUGCUGCGGUACUAUGAGUACGAGCAGGACGUUGACUUGCACGUUGCCAGCUGGCCGCCGCUAUGGCCGUUCCCGACCACCAAAGACGGCGCCCCGCUGCCCGACUGGCCGGGCCACAUCACCGACGACAUCAGCCUGACCUUUUCCCAGAUCCUUGCGCUCGAAGGUGCAUGCUUCGUCAUGGUGUGCACCCAGGUGGUCAGCGAAGAGUCCAAGAAGCGCUGCCGGAUCGACGAGUUUCCCUACUCCACGAGCACGGCCGAGAGCGGUGGCGGCUUCAGCAUGAUUUACUCGCCGUUUGGCCAGGAGCUGGUCAAGCGCCUGCCUCCCGGCCAGGAGGGCAUCUUGUAUGCCGAUGUGGAUCUCUCGGAGAAGUUCAAGGCCAAGCAGAACCUUGACACCGUUGGACACUAUUGCCGCCCCGAUCAGCUGAGCCUGCGCGUCAACAAGUACCCGGCCAGGCCAGUGCACUAUGCCGCGGCUCCCUAA